AUGAGUGACGACAUUUUUGGUGGACAGAUAUUGGCUGACAAGCUGUCUAAACUCAACAGUUCUCAACAGAGCAUAGAAUCGUUAUCCCGUUGGUGCAUUUCUUACCGGAAGAAAGCCAAACAAAUAGUCGAAACAUGGGAUAAGUUGUUCAAAUCUGCACAGCGAGAGCAGCGAGUUUCAUUUUUGUAUUUGGCCAAUGACAUUUUGCAAAAUAGUAGGCGAAAAGGCAGUGAGUUUGUGAAUGAAUUUUGGAAGGUCCUUCCUGCAUCUCUCAAGCAUGUUUAUGAAAAUGGUGAUGAAAAUGGAAAGAAAGCAGCCUCCAGACUGUGCAUUUCUACUUAUCCAUUUUUGGGGUGGGAUUGGGGUGGGAAAAUUGGUCAGGUUGACAUAUGGGAAGAGAGGAAAGUUUUUGGAUCUCGUGGUCAGAACCUUAAAGAUGAGAUGCUGGGUAAGAAUCCCCCUCCUCUGCUGGUUAGUAAUGGAAAGAAUUCAAAUCCCAUCAAGAUAGUGAAGAGGGAUGCACACUCAUUAAGAAUUAAAUUGGCUGUUGGCGCUAUACCGGAGAGAAUAGUAACUGCAUUUCACUUGGUUCAUGAUGCAAAUGUGAAUGAAGAAGCUGCUUUAGACAAGUGUAAAGAUGCAGUUCGUCGAGCUGGUGAAAUGGACAAAGAUGUUGACAAUAUGUCUGCUCAAGCUCAUGCUCACAUUCACCAGAAGCAGAUUCUAAUCAUCCUAUUGCCUCGCAUCUCCUGCACUUUUUUCAUCGCGGAAACUUAG